ACCUGGCCAGACCAUGCUGAAAAAAAAAGACAAAGACAGAGUGCAAUAGCAAAUGCCAAGGUCCCCACUGGCGGAAGUGAAGGGGAACGCGCAGCCGAAGGUGCGCCCACCUGCAGUGCCCUCCCGACUGCCCCUCUCUGGAAGCCGGCUCAAGCGGGGCCCUGAGCCCAUGGAGAGCGCCUCGGAGCCCGCGAAGAAACGGACACGGGGCCUGGGCACAGCACCCCAAGCCGACACCCUGCACCCAAGGGCACCGCGUCUCAGCACAGCACCACAGCGCCAAUGCCAGGCUGCAGCUCAGAGGUUUCCCAGGAAGGCGGGACCCUGCCCCUCAGCCACAGCACUGAAGAACCAGAAGCCGGUCCCCACCGUUCCUGCCCAGAAGCCCGCCGCAUCUGCUGCUCCUGUGGCGGGAGGCAAGAAACCCGGCAGACGUCCUGCCUGGGACCUGAAGGGCCAGUUAUGCGACAUCAAGGUAGAGCUGCAGUGCAGCCGUGAGAGGGCACAAACACUGGGCCGGGAGAACCAGCAGCUGCGGGACCAGCUCCAGGAGGCCCAGCAACAGGCCCAGGCCCUGGGGACGGAGCGUAGUGGCCUGGAGGGUGAGCUGGCCCAGGUGCGGGCCCAGGCUGAGCAGGGCCAGCAGGAGCUGGGGAGUCUGCGCGCCCGCGUCCUGGACCUGGAGGAGCGGUUGGGCACGCAGGAGGGCUUGGUGCACGUGCUACAGAGAGAACAGCUGGGGCUGCAGGAGGAGCGGAGGACCCUGACCGGCCGGCUGGAGGAGCAAGAGAGAAGGCUGCAGGCAUCAGAAGCAGCUCUAUCGAGCAGCCAGGCGGAGGUGGCGUCUCUGCGGCAGGAGACUGCAGCCCAGGCAGCCUUACUGGUUGAGAGAGGAGACCGGCUCCACGGGCUGGAGAUGGAGCGCCGGCGGCUGCACAACCAGCUGCAGGAACUCAAGGGCAACAUCCGGGUAUUCUGCCGGGUCCGCCCGGUUCUCACAGGAGAGCCCACGCCACCCCCUGGCUUCCUCCUGUUCCCCCCAGGCCCCGGAGGGCCCUCAGAUCUCCCCACCCGCCUUAGCCUCUCCCGGUCAGAUGAUCGGCGUGGGACCCUGACUGGCGCGCCAGCCCCGCCGACCCGUCACGACUUCUCCUUUGACCGGGUGUUCCCCCCGGAAAGCGGGCAGGACGAAGUCUUCGAAGAGAUCGCCAUGCUUGUGCAGUCAGCCUUGGAUGGCUACCCCGUGUGCAUCUUUGCUUACGGCCAGACCGGAAGUGGCAAGACCUUCACAAUGGAGGGAGGCCCUGAGGGAGACCCCCCGAUGGAGGGGCUGAUCCCUCGGGCCCUGAGGCAUCUCUUUACUGUGGCUGAGGAGAUGAGCGGCCAGGGCUGGACUUACAGCUUCGUGGCUAGCUAUGUGGAGAUCUACAAUGAGACUGUCCGGGACCUGCUAGCCACCGGGUCCCGCAAGGGCCAAGGAGGCGAGUGUGAGAUCCGCCGGGCAGGGCCAGAGAGCGAGGAGCUCACGGUCACCAAUGCGCGCUACGUCCCCGUCUCCUGUGAGAGAGAGGUGCGGGCCCUGCUUCAUCUGGCCCACCAGAACCGGGCCGUGGCCCGCACAGCCUACAACGAGCGGUCGUCCCGCAGCCACAGCGUGUUCCAGCUGCAGAUUUCCGGGGAGCACGCUGCCCGGGGCCUGCAGUGCGGGGCCCCCCUCAACCUGGUGGACUUGGCUGGCAGUGAGCGGCUUGACCCCAGCCUGGCUCUUGGCCCCGGGGAGCGGGACCGCCUGCGGGAGACACAGGCUAUCAACAGCAGCCUGUCCACGCUGGGGCUGGUCAUCAUGGCCCUGAGCAACAAGGAGCCCCACAUCCCCUACCGGAACAGCAAGCUCACCUACCUGCUGCAGAACUCUCUGGGCGGCAGCGCUAAGAUGCUCAUGUUCGUGAACAUCUCACCCCUCGAAGAGAAUGUCUCUGAGUCCCUCAACUCUCUGCGCUUUGCCUCCAAGGUGCGUUUCCCUCUACGCCUGGGCCCUGCUGAGACCCCUGUGGUUAAAGGCAUCUCUGUCCCUGCUCCAGAGUCUCCUCAGCUGGGGGCACGUUUAUGGAGAAAGGGUGACAGAUGCACCAUCCACCUGUCCUUUGUGUGUGGCACUGGGCAUGGACCCCAGUUGUACAUACCAACCUACAUUCCCCUCAGCCCUUUUUAAAUUUUUGAGACAGGGUCUCGAUAAGUUGCCCAA